CGACUCCAUCUGUCCCGUCUUAAACCCUAAACCUAAAGACUUUCGUGUUCUUAGAGAAACCCUAGCCUCCCUUUUUGCUACUUCAAUUCAGCUGCGAAAAUGACCGGAGAAGCAGUGAACCCAAAGGCAUACCCACUUGCCGAUUCUCACCUCACCAUUACAAUACUGGACCUUGUUCAGCAAGCAGCCAACUACAAGCAGCUGAAAAAGGGCGCUAAUGAAGCCACAAAGACCCUCAACAGGGGUAUCUCCGAGUUCAUUGUCAUGGCUGCUGAUACUGAGCCUCUCGAGAUUCUUCUUCAUCUUCCCCUUCUUGCUGAAGAUAAGAAUGUUCCCUAUGUUUUUGUCCCGUCAAAGCAGGCUCUUGGCCGAGCAUGUGGUGUCACAAGACCUGUCAUUGCUUGCUCUGUGACAUCAAAUGAGGCGAGUCAGUUGAAGACUCAAAUUCAACAACUCAAGGAUGCCAUCGAAAAGCUAUUGAUAUAAAAUAUAAUGGGAUAUGCAUUCGGUGUGAUGGGCCUCUUGGAUAGUGGUCACUCCUUUAGAGGCUUUGACUGAUGGAGUUGUUGUACCACUGAGGAAUGGAGCUUCUAAUGUAACCUCUAUAUUUUAAACUCUUUCUAUUUUCCAUGUUUUGCAUUGUGAGAAAACUUUGGCAUUAUUAAUAUUAAUACCAAAUUCAGGACGAAUGAUUCUAGAAGCAGUUGUUAUAGUUU